UCGCCUCAUCAUAUUGUUAUAGAUCUAUACGUGUUUUGAUUUCAGGGAUUUACUUGAUCAGUUUCGAAGCACAUGUGUUUUAAACAUCAUGGCUUUGAUAAAUUUGCAUAGUAUUUUCCUUAUUGUUUUUAUGAUGGCAAAUGUUGAAGGUCACGGACGUUUGAUAGAACCACCAGGCCGCUCUUCAAUGUGGAGGUUUGGAUUUGACACGCCGAAAAACUACAAUGAUAACCAGUUGUUCUGUGGCGGAAAAUGGGUCCAGUGGGGUCAAAACGCAGGAAAGUGCGGAGUAUGCGGAGAUAACUGGGCUGGGCCGAAAGAAAACGAACCCGGGGGGAAGUACUACACCGGUAUCAUCGUCAAGAAGUACGAUAUCGGUGCGGUCAUUGACGUCAGUGUGCAUUUAACGGCGAACCACAAGGGAUGGUUCGAAUUCCGACUUUGCCAGAACGACAUGGUCAACAAAACCGUCACGCAGUCUUGCUUCGAUCAACACCUCCUCAAAGGCGAAACCGGUGCAACUCAGUUUCCAAUUAACUUGGGAAUGGAAAUGGUAAAAGUCAAACUUCAACUACCGGCCGGUGUCACGUGCAGCGCAUGCGUAUUGCAGUGGAAAUACAACUGUGGAAACAGCUGGGGUACCGACUUUGAGACCAAGAAAGGAUGUAUGGGUUGCGGUCAGCAAGAGCAGUUUUAUGGCUGUUCCGACAUCGCCAUUGGCAAGCCUAGCGUCAAGACCGGCAUGACGUCGCCUGACGUCGAGGUCCCAGCUGGCGAUUUUGACGAACGUCUUUGGCGAACCUUCAACGACACGUGUGCGUGCAACUGCCCUCAAGUAUCCAUGGCAAAUGGAAAUGACGUCAGCAGCUUAGUCUUCUUGCUGACAACAUUGACUGGUUUAUGGGGGAGUUUCAAGUAAUUAAUUGAUUGUGUCUUGGUUAAGACAUUGAACCUCCCGCCUUAGCACCAAAAGCUAUCUCCUCAAAAUAUAUUAUAUGUGAUGCAUGAUUCAAUUACAUAAAAUAAACAAUGCAUCAAUGGAUCUAGCCGCCCUGGCAUGGACAUUUACCUUUCAUUGAAUAUGUAUCUUGUACUUAAUCAUCAAUAAAAGAUAUUGUCUUUUA